AUGAGGACCUAUAAAAGGACUCCUGCAAGCAGCAUUGUGCAGACUCAAGUCACCUACACUCCUCCUCCUCCUGCUCCUCCAUUCAAGGACAACCUCAACACCAACACCAUGUGUGGCUACUACGGAAACUACUAUGGCGGCCGUGGCUAUGGAUGCUGUGGCUAUGGAGGCCUGGGCUAUGGCUAUGGAGGCCAUGGCUGUGGCUAUGGAUGCUGUGGCUAUGGAGGCCUGGGCUAUGGCUAUGGAGGCCUGGGCUAUGGCUAUGGAGGCCUGGGCUGUGGCUAUGGCUCCUACUAUGGCUGUGGCAUCCGCAGACUGGGCUGUGGCUAUGGCUCUGGCUAUGGCUAUGGCUCACGCUCCCUCUGUGGCUGUGGCUAUGGCUAUGGCUCUGGCUAUGGCUCUGGCUUUGGCUACUACUACUGA